AUGGGUGACGAACUCCUAAAUUGUUCUAAUACAUCUGGUAGAUUUAUUUCAACUAAAGUUAUUAUAACUUGGAAUAAGAUACUCGUGGCUGUUAUUUUAUACGCCAUUACGUUUGUAACUAUAUUCGGAAACGUGCUUGUGUUGAUUGCUGUGAAAAUGAACAAAAAGUUGCAAACGACUUUUAAUUACUAUAUAGUAAAUUUGGCGAUUACUGACGUAGCUGUUGCCGUGACUGCGAUGAGUUUUAUGGCUACACAUACUGUCCUCGGAUAUUGGCCAUUUGGAGAAGCUCUCUGCGCAGUUUGGAUAUUUUUCGAUUAUGGUAUGACUUUUGUGUCGGUGUUCACUUUGAACCUUAUAUCAGUGGACAGGCUUUGGAGCGUGAAAUGGAGUGUACACUACAGACAGCAUCAUACUAAACGGAAAGGCAUAAUCUCAAUUGUAUUCGUUUGGUUGUUUAUGUUGAUCCUGUGGGUUCCACCAUGGUUAAUGGACAGACUAAGGCACAGCAAACCAGGAGAAUGUUUUUGGGAUCCAUCACUUAACAAGGAGUUUGUCUUUAUUUUGGCAUUACUGGGGCAUCAUGUUCCUUUUUGCAUUAUGAUAUUGAGUUAUUUAUAUGUGUUUUAUUUAAUGCGUAAAAGAUCGGAAUGUAAAGACGCCAAUCGUUGUCAUACAAAAUCAACUGUAAUUAUCGAAAAACUAGAAAAAUUUGAAAAUGCCUCGAAACAAUCUUCUUCAGCGACAUCAUCAGAUGAUUCAAGAAGAAGUCUAGAACAGCAAGUUUUACAGCCUCGAAUACCUUGUGCAAAUGAUGCAAAUAAUCUUGCUACUGUUCAUAUUCUUCGAAAUGCUGAUACGCUUGGAAAAGACGUCCAGGAGGUUCGUCGUGAAA